AUGCGAGCUGAAGAAGGUACAUCAACAUCGUUGGGCUACAGGAUCAAAAAUGAAGAUUGUCUUCAGAAGCAGAGAGAGCGUGCGAAUAAGAGAGAGCGGGAUAGGACUAGGGUAAGUUUCUUGAACUUUUGGGUCGGGAUUUUGAAAAUAUUUUAAAACAUUUUUUAAAUUUUUAUGAAUUUUUAAAAAUUUUUUAACUUUUGCACUAUGCAGUUUCAAUAAUUUUAAGGUAUGCGCCGUGCAAAAUCCACCAUUUAUAAAUUAUUUGUUAACUUUUAAUUAAAAAACGUUCUUUCACAUCAAAAUUGGCAAUAAUUAUUUUUUCGACCGUAUUUUACAAUAAAACUGAAGUUUUUAGGCACUAAAUUCAGCGUACACUCGACUCCGCCAAAAGAUACCAUCGUUGCCAUCGGAUAAAACAAGUAAAAUCCAUACACUUCGAGUUACUGUCGAGUAUAUACAGUUUUUAAGGGAGGUAAGUGUAGGUUUUAACAUUAUUUUAUAAUUUAUAUGUUUAAAAAAGUUUGUUUUAAAGUUUUCAAAAACUUUUUCAAAAUUAAAAAAAAACAAUUUUUGCAACGUGCAAUUGCUAUUCUCUCAACAAUUAUCUUAUACACAAGCUAAAACACACAAAAAAAGAUAUUUUUAAACCAUUGAAUCAUAUGUUAGUAUGGUGCCUUAGUAAAUAUUCAUUUUUAGUUAGCAUCCGACAACAAUAACUUGAACAUCGACUUGGCGGUGAACGAGAACAAUCAGAUCAACAUAGCAGCCACUUUUAACUCAUGGAGGACUGGUCUAAAUCAAAGGAAAGCGUUAUCAGCAGCUAUAAAAGCGCCUUCUAAGAAUGAGAAUUUACAUGGUAUGUUUUAACUUAUUUUUACUAUUUUUUUUAGAUUUUGUACCUAAUUUUAUAACUUUAUACCUAAUUUUGUAAUUUUAAGGCAAAAUCAAGUCUAAAAAUUUAUUUUUGAACAUACCUUAUCAUAUUAUUAUACCAUUACGUUAAAAAAGCUUUUUAAACCUCAAGCUAAAUCUCAUUUCAGAUCGCCUCCCAGCCCCAGUCCCCUCACUCACCCUAAAUGGCCUAGAAUUUCCUCCCAAUCCAGCCCAACCAAUGUUUUGGCCAACACAAGAAUACUGCCUUCUACCUUACAGUAACCCCUCAGAAAGCUCCCCCUCCCAAAGUUCGGUUUCUUCGUUAGGAUCGGCGCUGGGACACGCCAUCAAUCACAGCUGA